AUGGUAGUUGGAGGAGUACCAGUAUCAUCACCAGACGCUACUACUAUCACUAUUACUGACAACAACCAUGGUACAUUGUCGCUUGAUGGAGGGGUACUACCGCUGGAGAGUGGUGACGCUGGAGAAUGUUCCAAGCAUUCCCAAUACUGCUCGGCUGAGUCUGCUAGUAGCUCUUCGGAGACCGGAGGUAGCCCGGACUGCGAGAAUCCGUGAGGAUAUCUUACUGUUAAUGAUCAGCCUCAUGGGAGAGUUCGUUGCUGUUCAUAGGCUCUCAUCGCCCCAGGAUCCAUUGCUGAGAGUAAUCUUGAUAGAUUUAUUACUGUGCUUCUCUCAUCAGAAGGUAUUUGAGAACCAGUGGUUUCCCUUGCUGGACUAGUACACGCUACUGGUGGUGUAGUACUCUCCUCUCUCGUCUCCUUUCCUACGGCUUGGCAGGAUAACUGAAUUGUUAUCAGGCCCGAUUUGUGUGAUUAUUAUCAUUAUUAUCGUUGUGCACCAUCAAAGAUGCUUUCUGGUGCAUUAUGAUAAUGAUUCUAAUCAUCCCCAUCCUUUUCUAUCUACGUUAUCUAUAAUUCAACCAGGAUUUGUUUACAAGUCUACCCUUUUGGUUAACCGCUCCUCUACCAAGGACAUAGAAAACUGAUCGGCCAGAGAAGUGUUUGGUAUGUUUUCAUUCCCUCCACUAUCUGCUUGCUUAUAACGGUGGCGUCGCAGACCAUAGUUAACAUGGGUAGUUUAUCAACUAUCGCUCGCCAUGGCCAUCUAUCAAUAUCGGCCAACUGUGGUGGAUUCAUGCUUUAACGGUCCCCGUCUAACUGUACUGUGUGGGAGAAUGGAGACCAUUUGUAUUAUCAUUGGUAACUGCAGUGGGAGAGUUAUUCUUUGGAUCGUUUCAAGAUUGAUUGUUAUCCAUUAUCGUGCUGACUACUGUAAAAGUGCUCCAUAUUAUCGUAUUGUUAUCGGUUUGUGAAUGUACACGUAGCAUUAAAACUA